AUGUUAGAGUUAGAGGAAGUUUUGUUAAAGUCUUCAGUCUCCACUAGUAAUGCGAAGGAAGAAAAGCCCGACCCCACUUUAGCCGAACUGGUUAGAAAGUAUGGUGCGGAAAAGCUCGUCGAAUUUUUACGUGGGGAGGAAGACUUGCAACUGGACGAAGACGAUUUCAAAAUCCUCCGUGAUGAGAAGAUCGCUGGCCGUGAUUUCCUCAAAUUGGGCAGAGAUGAUUUCGAACGACAUGGAAUGAAGCUAGGGCCAGCAACGAGACUCGCGGACUUUACCGGACUUUACCAAAGAGACUUUAAAGAAGUAUUGGCAAAGUACGGCAUUGACAGUAAUAGUAUAACGAGCAUUCCACAAUUCCAGCCAGAAACCUACCCUAUCGAUGAGGAAGACGAAUCUCUUCGCCAUUGCAUCUUGGAUAUAGUAGCAAAACUGACGAACAUUGGAACAGUAGCCGACAGCAACGAAGCAAUGCGCGGAGAAUAUAUUUCUGCAAUCCUUCACGCAUCGGUUCGUAUAGCAAGAAAGGUCACCGGUAAAGAGAUAAAAAUCCGUCCAGAACAAGAAAUCGUAGGUGAAGAAUCGUCAGGUCGAGCCGACUAUGGUAUAACAGAUAUUGAGGAUUUAUUACGCGUUGUGGAGGGUAAGCAAAAUUCGCCAGCCAUUGGGUUUGCCCAAAACCUUGUCCAGCUUGAAAGUUCGUGUCAGACGAAUUUAAAAAAUCAAAAGAAACGGAAGGCGAGUGAUGCAUUCGGAGAAUCGGACUAUGAAUAUUUAUACGGCAUCGUUUCAACAGGCACGGACUGGUACUUCAUCUUAUACACGACAGAAGGCAUCUAUUGUACCAGCGAAACUGAAUACCAUAUCUCACUCACCAAGUCAGCACUCAAGGACGAUUCGGAUUUGAAAAAGAGCGCAAAAAAAGUAAUGGGAAUCGUUGUAGGUUUGUUGAAGGAUAGGGUAACGGUAGAGAAGGCACCUGAUGCUAAAAAACGUCGGCAAAAUCGAACUGUCAAUGAUACUUCGCAGUCUUCAGUUUCUCCGACAUUAUCAGUAACUCCACAGAAGCUUAUUCCAUCGUCUAUUAAUGACCACUCCGGUGAGGAUGAUAGAAUCAACUCAGUGAAUCUAGAACAGGCACAAGGUGAUACCUCUGAGAAAAUUGCUUCACCCGAACAGAUAGAGAACACAUCUGAUAACGCGUCUGAUUCUAAUAUGUAUCAACCCAUAAUCACAGAGACUAAAUCAUUUAAUGUUAAAAUAACAAUGGCAAAUUUUAAAUAA